CCUUGCCCCAGCACUACCCUGCUAGUGUGCCUGGCAGCGUGAAGCUGGGGCCUGCUCCUCAGAAACUCCGGGGCAUUUUAAGGACCUUUCAAGCCCUAUGUCGCUGGCCUCCCCAAACCCAAGGCAUGGCAGAUGGGGCACAGGCCAACCCCAAAGGGUUCAGGAAGAAGGUGCUGGCUAAACACCCCGCUGGAUGGAAGAGUCCAAGCCUUGGGGCCUCUUCUCCUUCCAGAAUCUCCAGGUCCAGCCUGGGUAUGAAGAAAUUCUUUGCCAUUGCAGUCCUGGCCGGCAGCGUUGUAUCCACCGCCCACAGCAGCCUGUUGAACCUGAAGUUCAUGGUGGAGGCCAUCACGCACAAAAACGCCAUCCUGUCCUUUGUGGGCUACGGCUGCUACUGCGGGCUGGGGGGCCGAGGCAAGCCCAUGGAUGAGGUAGACUGGUGCUGUCAUGCCCAUGACUGCUGCUACCAGAAGGUCUUUGACCAGGGCUGCCGCCCGUACGUGGACCACUAUGAGCACAGGAUCGAGAAUGACACUGUGAUCAUCUGCAGUGAACUCAAUGAGACAGAGUGUGACAAGCAGACGUGCGAGUGUGACAAGAACUUGACUCUGUGCCUCAAGGAUCAGCCAUACAGAGACAAGCACCGAGGCUACCUCAAUGUCUACUGCCAGGGUCCCACACCCAACUGCAGCAUCUACGACCCUUACCCAGAGGAAGUUACCUGUGGCCAUGGUUUCCCAGCGACCCCUGUCUCAACCUAGCCUGACUAAGGUCUGAGAGAAAAGAGGGCAGGGAGUCUGGCUGGGGUCUACAUCUGAUAUGU